CUCUGGGGGCAGAACAAAGAGUCCCUCCUCUUCAGUGUACAGACCAUUUCAACAAAACACGGCGUGGGGAACAUUCUGAAAAGGAAUGUCUUCCUGUCCAUCCUUCCUGGAAUAAAACACCUUAGGCCUCUCAGAUUAACCCCUGUAAACUAGGAUUUGGGAGCCAGCAGAAGCAGGAAAGGCAAAAAGAAGGGCAUUCCUGUGACUUGGAAACACCGGACAGGUUCAGGGUUGCAAUGAGGACACUAUCUCAACUGGCUCUUCUCCUGCUUCUCCUAAGGGUAGUGGCUCAACGGGAGGGACCGACUCGUGAGUCUAAGGGGUCUCAUUCUCUUCAGUUUCUCUUCAUGGGGGCAUCACAUCCUGACUUAGGACUCCCUUCAUUUGUGGCCCUUGGCUAUGUGGAUGAGCACCUAUUUGUGUACUAUGAUCAUGAAAGCCGAAAGGCAAAACCCCGGGGCCCAUGGAUACAGAAGGAAGAAAUAGAUGAGCUCUGGGUGAGACUCACUCAAAGCCUGAAGGGAUGGGAUCACAUGUUCUUUGUCGACCUUUGGACCAUAAUGGACAAUCACAGCCAAGGUCAGGGGUCUCACAUACUACAGGUAAUACUUGGCUGUGAGCUCCUGGUGGAAGACAACAGAACCAGAAGUUUCUGGAAAUACGGCUAUGAUGGUCAAGACUAUCUCAUCUUCCAUCCAGAGACAAUGAACUGGACAGCAGUUCAGCCUGAAGCCCAGGUCACAAAGCAGGAAUGGGAGAUGACCAAGAUCCGAGCAAAGCAACACAGAGCUUACCUAGAAAGAGACUGCCCUGAGAAGCUACAAAGAUACUUAGAGACUGGAAGUGAAAUCCUGAACAAGAAAGUGCCCCCAUUGGUGAGAGUGACCCGACACAUCACUCAUGAAGGUGUUAUCACUCUGAAAUGCCAAGCUCACAACUUCUCCCCAGUGAACAUCACAUUGAGCUGGUUAUGGGAUGGGAAGCAACUGAACCAAGGAACUGAGCUUGGGGACAUCUAUCCCAGCGGGGAUGGAACCUUCCAGAUCUGGAUAGCUGUGGAUGUUACCCCAGGAGAAGAACAGAGAUAUGCCUGCCAAGUAGAGCACCCAGGACUAAACCAGCCCCUCAUUAUGACCUGGGAGCAUAGUCCACUGUCUGUCACCCUGGCUACUGGGAUCACUACUGGGAGUAUUGUUAGCAUGAUCAUUACCACUACAGUUGUCAUCAUCUGGAAGAAGAGGAAGGUGUCAAGCUUCUUAUCUCCCAGGAGGAUUGAUCGGGAACUAUAUCCUGACUGAAAUAAACUGACCCAGCUGGAAGAGAACUAGUAAGAGUCAAACUAUCUGGAUCCUCAGCCGCCAGUUUCCCCCCUAAAUCCCAGUGGAAAGAACCCUGGAAGGUGACAUCCAUGCUAUGCACCCAUCACCGCCAACCUUUCACCUCCUACAUUACCUAUGGACAUCAAAGGAUCCAGACUCUGAGUGGGUCUCAGACUCUCUUCUGAACAACGUUAGACUUCAUAUUAUCCCUCAAGGGCAGGUCCCUGAAGAUAUCCAUAGGUCACUGAUUGAGGUUAACCCGGAGGAUUGACAUUAUUAUGAUAAAGAGAUUGGCAGAGUCUGUUUCACAGAGCUUAUGAACAUUGAUAGAGUUGCUAUAGAGUUCAGCCAUAAACAGCAAGUUAAUGGAGAAUUUAUUCAAUCUCAAAAUAGUUAAUUAACUUUCACAAACGACCCUCACUUAUCAUUUCUAGUUUUCUUUUCUAUUUCUGUCCCUCAGGCAUUCUCCAUUCCAGUCAAAUUGGCCAGCUAAAUGUCAUCAUAUCUGCCACUUAGGUGACCUUACAUAGGUUGUGCCCCUAUACCUAGAAUGCACUCCCUCAUCCCCUCUGCUUCAAAGAAGUCCCUAACAUCCAACGAAGCACAGCUCAGAUGCCACCUCGUAUAUAAACCCUUUCCUGAUUUAAUUAUAUAAUAUUCUCUACCUCUUGAAAUGAUUUUGUAUAUGUUUUGCAUUUACUUGCCAAUAUACAUCUUCUAUACACUUAGUAGAAUGUAAACUCCUUGAGGAAAGACUGUUUUGUUUUUGUAUAGUGCUUUGCACAUAGUUAACAUUCAAUGUUUGUUGAAGUUGAGGUAACCCAUAUCAGUCAUUUGCAAUGGACACUUCCUCUUUGUGAUUGUUUAUGUGGGAGCCUAAAUUUUUGAAAUGAAGUUUAUAUAGUGAACAUACAAUCAGGAAAAAAGAACUGUUUGUUCCUUCAAAUGUUAUUAGCUCGUUCUUCUCUAAACUAGUCUUUAACGUCAUGUUGAUAGACAAAAUGACAAAUUCUUACUGUUGAAUUCUGGAGAGAAAUACCUGGAAAGGGCUGUAAACUUUUAAAAGGGUUUUUAAUUUGUGCCAAGCUGAGUAAUGUGAAACUAUACCUCAAAUGUAUAUGCUUCAAAUGUAAUACUCUGUCAUUUCUUAUAAUUGCAAUAAACGAUUGUGUACUUUUGAUCAC